AUGGGUACACGUCACCGGUUGCAUACGGAUGGCCAAAUGGGUGGAGGGGCUAUCCUGCUCAUCACACUUGCCGUGGUGGCCUUAUUCGCGUCCGUUGCCAACAGUGCUGCCGUAAUGUCGGUCGAUCUCGGCAGCGAGUGGAUGAAGGUGGGUGUAGUGUCACCGGGCGUCCCGAUGGAAAUUGCCCUCAACAAGGAAUCGAAGCGGAAAACACCGACCACCAUCGCGUUCCGGAACGGGGACCGCGUGUUUGGCGAAGACGCACAAACACUGGGCGUCAGGUUCCCAUCGAACAGCUUUGGCUAUUUGGUUGAUUUGCUGGGCAAAACGAUCGAUAAUCCGAUGGUGGAUUUGUACCGUAAACGGUUCCCGUACUACGACAUCGUAGAGGAUCCGGUACGAAAGACGGUCGUAUUUCGCGUUGGAGAAGAUCAGUACACGAUCGAGGAAUUGAUUGCACAGCUGCUUCAGGUUGCCAAGAGCUACGCGGAAGAUUCGACCGGACAGCUGAUUACGGAGUGUGUGCUGAUUGUGCCCGGCUUCUUCGGACAGGCGGAACGUACUGCGCUCGUUUCUGCGGCCCGGUUAGCCAAUCUGAAGGUGCUACAGCUGAUCAACGAUUAUACGGCCGUUGCGCUGAAUUAUGGCAUCUUCCGGCGGAAGGAAAUUAACGAAACGGCACAGUACUUCCUGUUUUACGAUAUGGGCGCGUACAAAACGUCAGCCGCUGUCGUUAGCUACCAGCUGGCGAAGGAUAAGGCAACGCGGGAAACACACCCGGUCGUACAGGUGCUCGGUGUUGGGUUUGAUCGUACGCUUGGUGGAUUGGAGAUGCAGGUGCGGCUUCGCGAUUAUCUUGGCAAGGAGUUUAACAAGAUGGGCAAAACCAAGACGGACGUUUUUACCAAUCCACGUGCGAUGGCUAAGCUGUUCAAGGAAGCGGGUCGUCUAAAGAAUGUGCUCAGCGCCAACACGGAACACUACGCCCAGAUUGAGGGUUUGCUCGAUGAGCAGGACUUCCGGUUGCUGGUGACACGCGAACAGUUCGAAGGCCUGUGCAAGGAUUUGUACGAUCGUGUAACUGCUCCGCUCGACAAGGCACUGGCCGCAUCCGGGCUAGCGCUGGACGUCAUCAACCAGGUAGUACUGUUCGGAGGCAAUACACGCGUGCCGAAAAUGCAAGACAUUCUGCGUACGCACAUCGGUCAAGAGUUGGCGAAGAACUUGAACGCGGACGAAGCGGCCUGCAUGGGAGCAGUGUACCGGGCGGCUGAUCUAGCUACUGGCUUUAAGGUGAAAAAGUUCAUCACGAAGGAUGCGGUCCUGUUUCCGAUUCAGGUCGUGUUCGAUCGGGAGGGUGAAAGUGGUGCCACGCGCCAAGUACGCCGGACACUGUUCGGUGCGAUGAACUCAUACCCGCAGAAGAAGGUCAUUACCUUUAACAAGCAUACGGAUGAUUUCGAGUUUACGGUGCAGUACGCGGAGCUGGAAUCGGCCCUGAAGGAUGCAACCGGAACGAUUGGUUCGAUCGAUUUGGCACGUGUGAAGUUGAGUGAGGUGGCGAAAAAGCUGAAAUCGAGCGUGGCCGAAAACGUGGAAUCGAAGGGCAUUAAGGCACACUUUAUGCUGGAUGAUUCGGGCAUCUUUUCGCUUGCGAACGUUGAGCUGGUGCUGGAGAAAACGGUCACCAAGGAGGAUGAUGAGGAUGAGAGCACAUUCCAGAAGAUUGGCAACACGAUAAGCAAACUUUUUUCGGGUGAUUCAACGGAUAAGCCCGAGAAGGAGAAGGUAUCGGAAGGUGCGGAAAAGGAGGAAUACGAGUCUGCGGAAGCAGGAAAGGAAGGAAAGGAGGCGAAGGAACAGGAACAGCAGGAGGCAGAAGACAAACAGUCCACGACGAAGGGCAAAGAGACUGACGCGCCCAAGGAUACGAAAGCGGACGGCAAGGAUGAUGCUGGCGAGGCGGGUAAAAAGGCGGAGGAAGGUACGGAACCGAAGAAUGCCACCGUAAAACCAAAGAUCGUUACGCUGAAGGAAACAAUCCCGUCCAAGGUGGAGCUUACGUACGUGGCACCGCUCGAUGGCGAACUGUUCGAAGCGUCCGCUAAACGAUUGUCCGCGCUGGAUGAGGUGGACAAUGCGAAGAAGCGGCGCGAAACGGCACUGAAUGCGCUGGAAAGCUUCGUGAUCGAUGCACAGGUAAAGAUGGACGAGGAAGAGUAUGCAUCCUGUGGCACGGAGGAAGAGAUCGCCUCCAUCCGGAAACGGUGUAGCGAAAUUUCCGAAUGGUUGUACGAGGACGGUACCGAUGCGGAUGCGGAAACGUACGAAACCAAGCUGGAGGAGCUACGCUCGGUCGCGAACGAGGUGUACGCACGGCACUGGGAACACGAAGAGCGUCCGCAAGCGCUGAACGCGCUGAAGCAAAUGAUUAACGGCUCCGAAGGGUUCCUGCGUAAUGCUCGUAAUCUCACGAAGGACAGCAACCCGGAGAAGGAUGUAUUUACGGCGGUCGAGAUUGAAACGCUCGAAAAGGCAAUCCGCAGUACGAUCGAGUGGCGCGAUACGGAGGUGGCCGAGCAGGAGAAGCUGGCGCGCAAUGCACCGGUUCGGCUGACGGUGAAGGACAUUACGGAUCGUAUGGGAAUGCUCGAUCGUGAGGUGAAGUACUUGGUGAACAAGCUUAAACUAUGGCGACCGAAGGUUAAACCGACACCGCCACCGAAGCCGGAAAAAACUGCCGAUAAGGAGGGUGAGAAAGAGGAUGGAGCCGGGAAGGAAAACCCAGCCGAACCCGUGUUGGAACAGACGCCGGAGAGUGAUGGUACAACUGAAACCGGCUCGGAGGAACCGAGUGUGGAGCAAAUUGAUCCGACUGCAACGCAAAAGGACGGUGAGGAAGGUAGCGAUCAUACGGAGCUGUAG